GAUAAGACACGGGCAGGCCCGCUUUCCUUCUUAUACGAAGGCUGGGCAUCUGAUGUCUCCCAUCGUCGAGCGUUUGCCUGCACGUACCCGUUCGGUUGUGCAACUUUCCGUCGACCGCCUCUUUAUUGCCCGCUGGUGGACACGGGUGGCUGUUGCUAUUGCGUUUGGCUGUAUCUGGCACCUCAACUCGAGCUGUCAUUCUGGAAAACCUCCGACUACUGCUAUAGCCUCCUCGAGAUUAUUGUUGGCGAAGGCACUGCGGUAUACUUGAGCCUCAUCUCCCCCUAUACUCGCCAACAUGGCGGCCGGUAUCACAGAAUCAUGGCCGAUCAACGAGAUCGUUUAUACUGCCAUCGUGGGCCUGAUUAUGGUGGCAGCUUUUCUCGAAUGGUUUCUCUGGAUCGCUGCCUUCAUGUACUGUCUGUGGAAGGUCUUUGUAAAGGCAGAACACUGGACGGUAAGAUUCCUGGCUGUACUGAUUGGCACCGCCUUUCUUCUUCUCAGGUAACACCUCUCCUGUCUUUUCCAGAUAUGCUUUUGCUGAAUGUUCAAAGAUUCAUCUUCCUCCCCAUCAUGGUGGUCACGCUACCGUUACCAAGCGCGGUUGUUAGAAUCUGGCCUACGGCAAUGGUCAGCUUUCUCCAAUGGUUCGCCUUUUACAGUUUUGCUGGUCUCUUGACUCUCCCCUGGCUUUUCUGCGUCUACCAGAUUGUCACACAUCAACUUGGAAGAAAGAAGCGCAUUAAACAAGUGCUUGACGAGGUGUCGGCUCCCAAGGUCGUUAUUGUCAUGCCUUGCUAUAAGGAGGAACCCGACGUCCUCGUCACCGCCGUCAACUCGGUCGUCGACUGCGAUUACCCACCGUCCUGCAUCCACGUCUUCCUGUCCUUUGACGGGGACCAAGAGGACGAGCUAUAUCUCAACACCAUCGAGAAACUCGGGGUGCCCUUGACACUCGAGUCAUAUCCUAACAGCAUAGAUGUCGCGUACAGGGCCGCUCGUAUCACAGUAUCUCGAUUUCCUCAUGGUGGAAAGCGCCAUUGCCAAAAGAUGACCUUCAAGCUCAUUGACAAGGUCUACCACGAGUACCUGAAGAGAAACGACAACCUCUUCAUCCUCUUCAUCGACUCCGACUGCAUAUUGGAUAGAGUCUGCCUGCAGAACUUUGUCUACGAUAUGGAGCUCAGCCCCGGAAACAGCAGAGACAUGUUGGCCAUGACGGGUGUCAUUACCUCGACUACUCGGAAACACAGCCUCAUCACGCUUCUUCAGGACAUGGAGUACAUACACGGCCAGUUGUUUGAGCGUACGGUGGAGUCGGGCUGCGGAGCAGUAUCCUGUCUCCCCGGUGCCCUUACCAUGUUGCGAUUUUCAGCGUUUCGUCGAAUGGCCAAGUACUACUUUGCUGACAAGGCCGAGCAGUGUGAAGACCUGUUUGACUUUGCAAAAAGUCAUCUGGGAGAGGACCGAUGGCUGACCCAUCUGUUCAUGAUUGGUGCUAAGAAGCGGUAUCAAAUUCAGAUGUGCACCUCGGCGUUUUGCAAAACGGAAGCUGUCCAGACGAUGCGGUCUCUUAUCAAGCAACGGCGUCGAUGGUUCCUCGGCUUCAUCACCAACGAAGUCUGCAUGCUGACGGACUGGAGGCUGUGGAAGAAGUACCCGAUCCUUUGCUUGGUUCGGUUCAUGCAGAACACGAUACGGACGACGGCUUUGCUUUUCUUCAUCAUGGUCCUGGCGCUAAUGACGACGACCAAGAGAAUUAACGACCUUCCUGUGGGCUUCAUUGCCAUCUCGCUCGGUCUCAACUGGCUGAUGAUGGUCUAUUUUGGGGCCAAGCUCAGGAGGUUCAAGAUCUGGCUUUACCCGCUGAUGUUUGUGUUGAAUCCGUUUUUCAACUGGUACUAUAUGGUUUACGGCAUCUUCACCGCUGGUCAGAGGACCUGGGGAGGGCCACGGGCCGACGCUGCGGCAGCCGACUCGACCACAACAGCUCAGGAGGCGAUCGAGCAGGCCGAAAAGGCCGGUGAUGAUCUAAACAUUGUUCCCGAGUCUUUUAUUCCGGCGGCACAGGAAAGGAAGGGUGUUGAAAAGGUGAACGCCAGUGCUAUCAAGAGAUCCAAGAGCGUUUUACAGCCGCCCAACCAAGUUAUUGGCAAAUUCGCGGCGCCUGAACGGACGCCAAGUGGAUGGUAUCAGCAUCCAGAUGAGUCCAUGGCAAGUGUUGGUGUAUUUGCCGGGUCGUCAUCUCGCCUCGAACGAAAGGCGGAUGUGCCAGAGCGGGACUCAAUCGACAGCUCAUCUUCGGCGCACACUGGAAGCUAUUCGGUCUAUAUGCCACGCAGAGUGGAAAGCAUCAUGGGCGAAGAGGACCGGCGCAAAUAUGACCUAGCACAUGCCAGCCAGGUCAACCAGUUUGCAAGCGCUUCGAGGAUAUUUCAGGGUCCACCAACAGGUCAAGUGUACGAGUAUCCGGAAUCCGAACUCCAGAGGGCAGGAUUUAGAGACCCCGGGGUACCCAACUCGAACCGGCCCGGGACGCACAGGAGGCUCGGCAGCAACGGCAGCGCAGGCUCCCAGAGCGUGGGAAGCUCACUCCAAGACCCUCACGGUCCAGAAUCAUCAGUGGAAUCAUUCCAGACAUCUCGUCAGUCGCCAGUGCCACGGCCAGUCUCAGCUGCAGGACGAUCUGGUAGGACACCGCUUGGUCGAGCUAGCUGGAUGCAUACAUCAUCCACAGAACAAGUCGAAACGCAAAUCGAUGAAUCUCAGAGCCGUCUCGGGGCAACAUCACAACCUCGCCAGGGACCACCAAGAGGUGACCACCGCCGAUAG